UUGUCGAGAACCUCUAUAAAUUGACGGAUCCUUGAAUGCAACAGUCAUGUGGACUUUGUAUCUUCGUUACUAUCGAUCACUGAUUAAUCAGUGUUAAAAUAAACAAGAGGAGAAAAAUAGAGAGAGAAAGAGUUAGAAAGAGUAAUUAAAAAAAAAGUCCCGAUUCAACAAGGAUUCAACAUGUUUUUAUUAUUACUUUUGGCCUCAGCCUCCAUGGUUUUUGGAGCGCCACAAUGGUACGGUGGUGGACCAGUUGGCUAUGGUCACAAUCCAGCACCAUUGGGACCGGACGGUAGAGUCGUCGAUACACCGGAAGUAGCUCACUUAAAAUCCGCUCAUUUAUCAGCUUUAGCUGAGGCGGCAGCUCGUGCUCCAUCAGGUCCCUCGGGACCUUAUGGCGGUCACUCUGCCUAUCCCUCUGGAAACUACGUUUCCCAUUACAGUGGACCACCAGCACCAUUGGGACAUGAUGGACGAGUAGUUGACACGCCGGAAGUUCAAGCGGCGAAAGCCCAUCAUUUUGCACUUUAUAGUGCUGAAGCGCAAAAGGCAGCAGCCGCCGGACCCGCUGGACCAGGAGGCUGGAAUCCAGCAUGGAAUGGUGGCGACUGGAAUGGACACUAUGGACAAUAUUAAAAAAAUAGGAAUAAAAAAACGAAAACUUAAUUUCGACCUGGAAAUAUAUUUUUUAUACAAUACAAUGAAGGAAGAUAGAAUUCUUUCACAUUUUUUUUAUAAUAAUUUAUCGUUAAAAACUACCUCGUUGGAAAGACUCGAAGAAAAAGAUUGACUAUAAAAAUCGUCUUGGGAAAUUAAAAAAAAAUUUUUUUUUCUUUUUUUAUGAUUGAAAUUCUAUUUUAAGCGGAAAGGCGAUGAUUUUUCUAUUUUUCAAAGGCUGAUGAUUAGACGAUUGCUAUAGUAAUAAUAAUAAUAUAAAUAAUAUUGAUAAUGAUAAUAAUAAUGAAUAAAAGAAAUCCAAUUUUCUCGUA